CAUUCAAGAAUCGAAAAUCGAAAAUCCUGUUGGCUAGUUUUGUUUGGAUGGUUUAGUUAGCAACCAAUAAUUUUAUGGUUAAGAAAUUCAGUAUUAAUGUAUGUUCAUUCAGUUAGAUAUCUAGCUGCAAUCAAACAAAUGCCAUAUAUCUGACGAUUUCAAACACAUAAUGGCUGAAGGUGGUAUCGAGACCCCCGUUGCCCCGGAAUGGCUCGUGAAACUAGAAAGUAGAAGAGAGCAAAUAAAAGCCAAGCUCGGCCAUGAAAGUGGGAAUGGAGCGCCCUGUGUUAUUUGUGGCAUCAAAUGUCCCGGUUUGGAUUUGCAUUUUUGGCGAAAGGUUUGCCGCAACUGCAAAUGCCGCAAAGAGCAACACGAUUGCAAAGAUGAUGAUGUCACCGGAUGGGCUCAAUUUGAAAUCCUCGGAGCAAUCCGUUCGAAGCCGGCAUACAUCAAAAUAUCUGAGCUCACAGACAAACCCGUGGAAUUAGAUUGGAUUCCACCAAACGUGACUCCAGAGCUGGCUUCGGACUAUAUGUCCAAGCUGGGACAGCAAAACAUUCCAUUCGCUGGUAGCGAAGCAGCUGAAAAGCGUAAACAACAACUAGAGUACCAAGUUCCCCCGCACGAUCUGGACGCCAGUUUAUGUCACAACUUGUCCGAAAAUGAGGUUGCCCAACUAGUGCAAUAUGUUGAGAAGAUUAAGAAAAAUUGUGUAGGACAGGGCAACGUUGUAAGGAUCGGUGAUAAUAUCAACUACUUAGUGCCUGCAAGUAAGCACCAAUUUGCUGUACCAAUUAUCGAAACAAGACAAAAAGAUAAACUCAUAACACAAAUGUUGCACUCGGAACCGAUAAGAACUGUGCUUUCCGGAAGAUCUAUUGUGCCCAGUAAUAGUAUAUGUCUUCAGAAAGACUCAAUGGAAGCAGAUUUCAACGCCAGUCCGCACUUGUCCGACAAGAUGAAGUAUAAGUUGAAACUAAUGAAGCUUAAUUCGGAAGCAAUCAGAACUGCCGUGGACAAUGGACCAGAAGUUGACCAGAUUCUUAAAGCUUUGAAAGCUCAAAGGAUACCUUUCCAAGAAAAUUGCAACAUCCUUGGACCAUUAGAUCGAUUUAGGCAAGAGUACUUAACAAAUCCUAAAUUUCAAACCGAGAUUGAUAAGUACCUUGCUGUUCCAAUUUCAACGAAACCACAGCCAACGGAAAGUAAAUUCAACUCGCCACUACCUCUGAGGCAUUUUGCACGAAACGAUCUAUUGCAACAGCAGGAAACUCCGGCAAGAAAAUUAAAGUUUGACAAAAAUCAGCAUCCACCGUUUUCUAACGCAUGUUUAGCAGCUAUCAAAAACGAUCAAGUGUUAGCCAAUAUUCUCAAUUCGGAACCACUUAGAACCGGUCUGCACGCUCCAGUGUAUGGAUCAGCAUUAGUUAUCUCUCGUGAACCUAUGUUUCCGGAUUUUAUUAGCAGUCCUUUUCUGUCACCGGCUACAAAAGCUCAACUUGAGAGAAUAAAAAUCAAUACCCAAGUCAUCCAGAGCGCAGUCUUACAUGGCCCGUUCUAUGAUGAAAUUCUCUCAAAAUUGGACAGCUAUGGUAUCAACUACGCACAAGAUAAUUUUUUGCAGCCGAUCGAUGAGUUCCGUAAUGAGUUUCUUAGCUACGAUAGUGACAACGAUUUCCAGAAGGAAAUAGUAGAUUUCGUUAAAAAUUCCAAUCUCUCUUCGUUUGCUGUAAGUGCAGCGCAAAUUCCAGAAAUAGCAGAAGCUAGGAAAACAGCUCAAAACACAAACCAGUUACUUUCUGCAAUACUCUCAACUCCGAGCUUACAAAAUGCACUUAGAUCUGGGCAGCAAAUGGACAUUCCACUUCAAAUCGCUAACGUACCUAUGAGUAGCCAAUUAUUAAACAUUCAAAAAAUGUCAACUCCCGUCCUGGAAAAGCUAAGCAACAUGAAAAUUGAUCAGCAAGCUCUUGAAAGCGCCGUCGUCUGUGGUCCAUUGUAUGACAAAUUGUUCCAUAAAUUAGACAAAAAUGGUGUCAACUACGCUAGCGAACCGCUGCUAGGCCCAAUCGCACAAUUUCGCAGUGAAUAUCUAAACGACGAUAAUUUUAGAAAAGAACUUAUAAGGUACGUCACUCAUCCUGAGCCGUGUCUUUUUGAAACAGCCACCAUUGAAGAAAUAGUACCAGAUGAACAUCAUGUUGCAAAACAGUUAUCUGGUAUGCACAUAUCUCAUAGUGAUGAUUCCGGAUUUGGGUCCGUCCCUCCAACGCCAAACUACUCUACUUACCCAGGAGUACUCAGUCCCUCAGAUAAUUUUGAACUUCAAGCCAGAGAUGGCGUUCUUCUGUCUGUACAAGAAAUGAACAUGUAUCCUGAAGUGCGUCCAGAUCAAAUAGAACGUCAGGUAAUCCAAAACGAUGGUAAUACCGAUCAAGCUACGUCCUCUCACAAUCUGCCGCAACAAUCUCCAGAAUUCAUCACAUGUAGUGCGUGUCAGCAAACUAUUUUGUUUGGUGAAGUAGUCGUAAAAGCCGAACGGGCCGGGAAAAGUGCAGCUUGGCAUCCUCAGUGCUUCAAAUGUCACAAAUGUGACGAAUUGCUAGCCGAUUUGGUAUACUUUUUCCACGGUGGCCAGGUAUACUGCGCACGAGAUCUAGCAAAUAUUUUGAAAAUUCCACGUUGUUCCGCAUGCGAUGAGCUGAUCUUCACCAAGGAAUAUACUGCUGCUGAAGGGGCUACAUUUCACAUCAAACACUUCUGUUGCUAUCAUUGUGAUGCUCCUCUCGCUGGUCAACAGUAUGUUCCCGAUGAAAAAUCUAAUAUGCCGCUGUGCUUGAACUGCUAUGAUACAUUUUUCGCCAAAGCGUGCCACUACUGCCAUGAUACGAUCGGUCCAGCCGAACAAGGCGUUGCGUGGGGUAAUAUUCAUUGGCAUGGAUCAUGUUUUCUUUGCAGUGGAGUAGGAUGCGGCAAAUCACUCAUCGGUGGUCGGUUCUGUGUGAAAAAUGAUAUGCCUUUUUGCAGUCCACAGUGCUUAAGGAGCGUGAUAUCUUAAACAACAAUGAUUCGCUAUCUUUUAUUAAAUAUUAAGACCAUGAUAAAAUGUACGUGCUAUUUUGAGCAUAAUAGGCAGUGAUAAUCUACUUUUAAAAGUGUCCGCAUUUCCAGUCUUUACGGUACCUUUGAUUUGCUGUAAUAUUAAUUUACAUCGAUUUGAGGGAAAUUUCAGGACGGAACUACUAAUAAUGCUGACUUUGUGUACCUCCAUCAGGUUUCCAACUACCGCCCAGACAAAAUAUAUGGUCGGUGUGAAGUCAGAUCGGACUACGUGACAUUUUUUUGAUUUCAAGUAAAAUCAAUUUAAAGUUGGCUGUGUAGCAUUGAUUGUUAUGUAAUUAGACAACCCUUUUGGCUGUUUUCCCUCAACAUUUACCAAAUCUGACAAAAAGUUAGAUGUAGCAGAGGAAAUUAAAGAUUCAAUUCUAUCAUUAUCUCAUAUUAUUUUUAAUUUUGCUACUUAGUCCCUUCUGACUUAACGCCGACCGUAUAGGCUUACUGGAUGUAAUCUCCGUCUAUGCUCCUAUUGUUGACCUAAUGCUAAAACAGAAUGCAUCGCAAAAUUUCGUUAGCAUAUAAUAAUCAAUCCUGAGUUCAAUGGAUAGGAACAUAAACAAAAAUUAUAUCCCGUUGCCCUGCCUCCCGUGUUUUCUCUUGGUAGUUAACAAUUGUAGUAUACAAAUGAGUAACUCAUUUAUUUGAAGUAACGAUGUACAAGCAUGUUCAAGAUGAAAAUAUUUUCAAAAUAUAUGCCACGCGCACAUUUAACGGGCUUAGUAGCUUUAUUAUUAAGAUAUGAUGACAUAAAUGGUAUCAAGUAUUAGAUGAUUACACACGAGAUUACACACUGGCCACAGACAAACACGUAACUCUUCAUUCUUAAUAAUUGUACACGCAUUGAACUGCCCAUAAAAGCACGUCCAAUUGAAACAUGUUUAGUUCGCGAAUUACCUACCACCAGUGCACAGUGGGGAAGAAGCGAACCAAUACAACGCCACUGUAUAGGCACAAACGAAGUGACAGACGACUAACUGGCGAAGAAAUGCGUUAAAGUAAUUGGC